UCACAUAAUUUCUGACAGUAAUCAGCAGAAAGUCAAAGGAGGUUUUAGCUCUUUAGCAGUCAGUCAGCAUGUCAGACAGAGGUGCUUUUGAUACCAAUGUGGUGACCCUCACCAGGUUUGUCUUGGAAGAGGGCAGAAAAGCCAAAGGAACGGGCGAGCUUACAACCCUUCUUAACUCCAUGUGCACAGCCAUCAAAGCCAUUUCCACUGCUGUCAGAAAAGCCGGCAUUGCCAAUCUCUAUGGAAUUGCAGGGAGCACAAAUGUUACAGGUGACCAGGUGAAGAAGUUGGAUGUCCUGUCCAAUGAUCUUGUUAUAAACAUGAUUAAAUCCUCCUUCACAUCCUGUGUUUUGGUGUCUGAAGAAAACGAACAAGCCAUCAUUGUAGAACCAGAGAAAAGGGGCAAAUACGUGGUUUGCUUUGACCCUCUGGAUGGCUCUUCAAACAUUGACUGCUUAGCUUCUAUUGGAACCAUUUUUGCAAUCUACAGAAAGGAAACUGAUGACGAACCCUCAGAGAAGGAUGCCUUGCGGAGUGGCAGAGACAUUGUGGCAGCCGGGUAUGCUCUUUAUGGCAGUGCUACGAUGCUGGUUCUCUCCACAGGCCAGGGUGUCAACUGCUUCAUGCUCGAUCCUGCUAUUGGUGAGUUUAUACUCGUAGACCGAAAUGUAAGGAUUAAGAAGAAGGGAAAGAUCUACAGCCUGAACGAAGGCUAUGCAGCACAUUUUUACCCCGAUGUCACAGAAUAUCUACAAAAGAAGAAAUUCCCAGAGGAUGGCAGUUCUCCCUAUGGAGGGCGCUAUGUGGGCUCCAUGGUAGCUGAUGUGCACAGGACUCUGGUCUAUGGUGGAAUUUUCCUGUAUCCUGCUAAUAUAAAGAGCCCAAAGGGCAAGCUGAGGCUGUUGUAUGAGUGCAACCCAAUGGCCUUCAUCAUGGAGCAGGCUGGGGGUAUGGCAACAACAGGAGCCAUUAAUGUUCUAGACAUCAAACCUGACUCAAUCCACCAGAGGGUUCCUGUAGUGCUGGGCUCCCCUGAUGAUGUACAGGAGUAUAUCUCUAUCUUCAAGAAACACGCCAAAUAAGCAACCAAAUGAGCAUAUUUUGCCGUCUACUGCAACCACCACCAUCCCACUGAACUUCAAAAACUAAUAUGUAACUUAAGGACAAGACAAGUAGCAUCAAUCAUCUGUAUAGGAUACAAGAAGUUUUUAUUUUCACAAAUGUUUGUUCUGUGUAAAUUUUUGUACUGAGAUUAUAAAUACAUAAUCCAACGUUAUACAUUUUACAGUGUCUAAUAUUAAGCCCCAUUAAUAAAAACUGUUUCGCUGUUCACACUAAAAAUAAAAUCAGUAUUGUUUGA